AUCCAGUGACAUUUGAUCUACAAUCACUAUUCAAAUCAAUAGGACAAAUUAGUGAAUUUACUGAAUUGAUACUUACUGCAAAUUUACCAUUGACGGAGCUAAAAAGACUUACAUGGUUAUCGAGUGAACAAGAAUCAUCUCACAUAUUUGUUCCAGAAGAAAACGCUGCAACAAAUACAACUAUUAGACUUAUACCAAUGCAAAUUCGAACAUUCAAUGUUUUAAUACAAUAG